UCCAUCAGCCGAUGGAUAUCAGCACGUGGCCGCCACGUCACACGCACAUCAGCACCCCGGACAGCAGCCUGUCAGCCUCCUGCGGGUGGAGCUCAUCGUCUCCGCCGCAAGAGGGAAGAUGUUAUUAAAGGAAAGGCUGCUGGCGGCAACUAACCCGAUGAAGAAGUUUGAGCUGACGUGCCUGAAAUAAACAACUGGCAUCCCGGAGGUCGUGGACUCGUCGCUGCAGCCUGCCAUGUGGCAGUGUAUUGUUCACGGAGGCCUUGGUUUCAUUUGGAAUCCAUUUCUGACACCUUCUCCUUCCUCCUGAUUUUGGGCGCAGAGAUGGUUGAAAACAGAUCAUUGUGAGUGCAAGUUGUCGUAAAAUGAAUUGUUCUUCAGGUUUUCUUUUCUCGCAUCGAUCUCUAACCUGCAACGCUGCUGGAGUGUAACUUUGUAACGGGGUUGUCGGAAGAUGUGGGACGAAACCCACUCGACCGAACAAAAAAAGCUGGAGCGAAGAAAAGGAGACAAGAGGACACACUGUGACUUGAUGGAUGCCACUGCGAGACAACAAAGGAUGCACGCGUUGUUGUCGUAAUAUCUCCCCAUAGGUAAAUGGAGAAACUCAAAUAUAAAUCGGCUUUGACUUAGUUGUUAAUAGGAUUUAAUAGCAACCCCCUCAGACACCCUCGCUGAUUUUCCACCAGAAGAGGAAUAUACUCCAACAGUGUUUCCUCUGCUGAUUUAGAAACAUCAAGAGGAACGUUGGGGUGCUUAUAAACAACCGGGUUGGAAAUGUGCGUUUGAGAGAAUGAUGUGGGACUCGUCUGACUUCAAUGUUGGUGCCUCACAGUUCGUGGCUUUCAGCCUCCAUUGGCCAUGAUAAAUAAUGCUUCCCUAUUGGCUGGAUUGCGAAGCACAUGCUAUAACAACAGGAUAUGCACACAUCUAUGGGCUAAUGGGAUGGGACAAUAGCCCAUCGGGCUUCUUUGCCCGAGAUCUGUAUUUUAUUUAGUCGACUGUAAAUUGCUCACAUUAAAUGGUGUGGAUGCCAUAGUAUUAAUAAUAACAGGCCUACACAUAAUGUGUAUUUCAAUGUUUUAUAGACCUGCUGUCAAGUUGAAGGGUGUUCUGUCUCACAGAUCAGUCGUGCCUGUGUAGUGAAGCUACUGAAGAAUGUUUAAGUAUCGCAUCCGGAUGUUUUUCAAUGAACUCAAAGUGUUGUUAUUGAUGCGCUCUGGAUCAAGCAGGAGGACUGAAACGGGCACAGACCCGGACACGCAGACCAGGAUGCGAGGGCUCGCUAUAGGAGGCUGUGGUUGGCCGCCGUUGAGCUGCUCUCACCGGGAUGAUGAGGAGGAAUAUUAUGGCUCUGACUCCCGGCCACGCAGUCUGGAAUUGGAGGAUACAGAAGAAAACAAAUCGGAGGGAGAUGGACUGGACGCCGCUUCCCUCCCGAGUCUCUCAGAAAGCGGGAUGCGAUCACCGCAGUGCCGGAUCUGCUUCCAAGGCCCGGAGAAGGGGGAGCUGUUGAGCCCUUGUCGCUGUGCUGGCUCUGUGCGUUGUACUCACCAGUCCUGCCUUAUCCGCUGGAUCAGUGAGAGAGGCUCGUGGAGCUGUGAGAUCUGCUACUUCAAGUUCGAGGUCCUGGCCAUCAGCACCAAAAACCCACUUCAGUGGCAGGACAUCUCUCUGACUGUCAUUGAGAAGGUGCAGAUUGCAGCCAUCAUCUUGGGCUCUUUGUUCCUCAUCGCCAGUAUCUCCUGGUUGGUGUGGUCCUCUCUUAGCCCUUCAGCCAAAUGGCAGCGUCAGGACCUUCUCUUCCAGAUAUGCUACGGCAUGUAUGGCUUCAUGGACAUAGUUUGUAUAGGCCUUAUAAUCCAUGAAGGAUCGUCUGUUUACCGGAUCUUUAAGCGCUGGCAGGCGGUGAACCAGCAGUGGAAAGUGUUGAAUUAUGAGAAAGCAAAGGACUCAGGUGACCCCAUCAGUUCCAGCAGUAAAGGUCAUGUUGACAGGAACUCGGACAGCGGACAGAGGGCGAGUCGACAUGGGACUAUUCUCCACCACCACUGUGGCUAUAUAAUUUUGCACAUCCUCAGCCAGUUAAGACCCAACAGUCUGCGCAGAGCCAACCAUGAGGUGGUCAUGAGGGUGACCACUGUAUGAGGCGGAGGAGGAGAUCAAAGUUUUGAUUGGAUCUCAUCGAGAGAAAAAAGAUCCCGAUCUGCCACAGAAACCCUGCCGGUAACUUCUAGCCUCACGUUUUGCAACAAGAGUUAUUUAGGCAAAGGGAGAACAUUGCCGUUUUCUUUGGAGACUCUAGGGAAAAAAACUGAAAACAAGACAAAUAAGAAAAAUGUAUACAUUUUGAAAAGGAAAAAGCUUUGCUUCUUAAAGCUCUUAGCCUUUUUUUUGUUUACCACUUUAACCAAUGUUACAACAUGUUUUUUUAAUGUUUUGCUUUUGAAGAUAAAACAAGAUGAUUGUCAUUAAGUUUGAUUUGGAUUUUAUUCUAUACUAGGGAGUUUGAUAGGGGAAAUUAUUGUGCUCCUACUCAUGUGACCAUAAUAAUGGCCCCAGCCACCCUAAUUGUUUCAACAUAUUCUUGAAGGUCCACAUCAAUGGAUCAGAUAUUUAAAAGCCCAAUAAAACAAGGCACAAUGGCUGCAAAUAUAAUUUACCCUACAAGUACAAUUAGUGUUUUGUAAUAAAGAAUUUGUUGAUCUCAAAGUGGAA